UGUAGGCCUAGAUAUGUGAUUUCGGACGCGACCGCAGUCUCUAGGCAACAAAUAACGCUGACGCGUUGUCGUAUCCGUUUCGUUAGAGUAGUACACCUCUGUCGAAACACAUAAAAAGCCACAUCGGUUAUUUUGACCCGCGCUGAUGAAGAAGAGCUGCGCUUCCGGUUUCCCCAGAAUGAGCCUCCUGGGGCAGUCCUGCUGCCAGAGCCGCGCCGGGACGAGCAGGUGCUUACACAGAUGUAUGAAUGUAGCGUGGGGAAGGGGGCGCUACGACACUGAGAACCUGACGGAAAGAGACAGCAAUGCUUUCAUUAGGUUCCAGCCUCAGGCCUCUCCCCCGAGCCCCCGAGCUCCUCUGGCCCCGCUGAGGGAUGAUGUGCCUCUCACCGAGCCUCACUCCGGCCUCCUGAGCCUCAGCGACACGUUCCCACACACAGUGUGUAGUGCUGCUCCGUGGGAUCCAAGAGCAGAGAGACAUCCAGCUCACACUCCUGCAUUCGGCCCUGCAGCCGGGACGCGUCACACAUCCGCGAGCAAGCCCCGGGACUCCAGGCUCGAGUUAACGGACCGGAAAUACCACAGCAGCAGGGAGAGAUCUGAUCCAGGUUCCACCAGUCUUCUGGGAUGUGAAGAUCUGAAGAGGGAUGCAUGUACCUCUGUUCCCCCUAAAUUGAUGGACAAGACUUUGCGGUACAUCUACACAUCAGAAGCUCAAAGAGGUUACGAGAAUAUAGACCAGGACUCUAAACUCAAACCACCACUGUGUAUUCUGGAGAAAAUGGCAGACCCUGUAAGCCAGCACUUCACUUUGAAGAGAUACCAUAGCAGGCCUGAACUAUGGCAGACUAUUGGACCUCUUUGGAAUAGGCAUCAAAUCCGUGCCUCAUAUAAUGUGAAGAAGCCCUUCAGUUUCACCAGCCCAUGUCCAAAAUCAGGACAAAUUCCUUUAUAUUGUGGUGUGAUUGGCUCUGAGAACAUGGACAAUAUUGACAUCCCAGAGAAAGACUUCAUCCCACUGACAGUGAGGCGUACCGUCUUACCUCCUGACACCCCCACAGCCCACCGUCCCACUAUUCCUGGUUACACUGGGAAAGCUCUACACGACAGACCACACACCGUAGCCAUCAGCCAGCCUUCAUCAAUGCUCACUCAUCAGACUACAGGGAGCAGUUCAACACCAUCAUCCUAUGGUCGGCAGGCCCCUCUGUCCAGAAUGCUCAUCACUGUCCAACCGGGCAAUCCUUUCCUUCAGCCUAAAGCUCCUACACCUCCCAUUUAUUCAAAGUCUUAAUACACAAAAAUGGAAUAGCCUCCAAAUGGAGGAGUAAAAAAUGUUGCUUUUCAAGAAAUCUAGUCUGUAUUUGUGAAUAGAUCUUUAAUGAUGUGACUGCACAGACUAGUUCCGAAUAAUAAGAUGCUUCAUUAGCAUCAUUUCCUUUGAUUCAGAUGAGAUGUUCUGUGAAUAUGGAGGAAUGUUUCAUUGUGUUGCACUUUUGUAUGUGUGUGUGUGUGUGUGUGUGUGUGUGUGUGUGUGAGUGUGUGCAUCACAGUGUGAUGCCUGCAUUUUGUUCUCUUAUGUAAAAGUCCUAUUUACAUAUUGUGACUUCCUCAGCAAAUUUACUCAAUAAUUUGCGAUAACAAAAUGUUGCAACAAUUUCACUCAACUUUGCUGCUGUUUCAUUCUGUCUUAGGGUGUUUAUACAGCAAUAGGUAAACUAUGAAGAAAUAGCUGCUGUUUCUUAAAAAGACUUUCUGAAAUACUCUACACCCCAAGAACUGUGGUUGGAGAAUAAAAGAGAAAAGGCAGUGUAGCUUCACCUGUUGACAGGAAGUAGGAACGUUCUGGUUUCCUGUUUCCCCCCCCAGUAACCUUCAUUUCUGUGCUAUAAACCCCUCAGGAUUUCACUCAGUUGACAUACCCAAACCUACAGUAAUCUAAAGGAUGAUUUCCCUUCACCAAAGUUUUAACUUUUUCAAGUUAAAUUGUGGUCAGCCUUACAGUUUGUAGUAUAACAGAACCCAUGAAAAAGUUUUAUUCAGUAAUAAAUGAGUUCAUUCACUUAUUGUUCAUCUGUAUACGCUACUAAAGCAUAUGUAGGAAUGAUGUAUUAAAAAGAGGCCUCUUUACUAAUUUUAGUAUGUGUUGGGUGC